AUGACGGGGGAGUGGAAAGGGGGCGAGGGCGACGACGCCGUCGCCGACGGAAGGGAUGACAGGAAUUGGCUGCCAAGACACGAACUGGAAUUAGAGCGUCUCAACCAGAAUGAUGGGGAUGAGAUGGGUGAGAGUGAGAGUGACAGUGAGAGGGAGAGGGAGAGUGACUACGCCCCUCACCGGGAGAAGAGAAGCAUUAAAGGCCCGCUAUGGAUAUUUUUGGCCACCUCGGCCACAUUAACUGGGCGGCGGCUUUUGAGGGGUGAUUUUCCAUUCUACUUGGUGUUUUUAUUACAAUUGGCCGCCUACUGCUCAGUUGCGGUCGUCGCCGUCCUCCUCCAACUACGCCGUUUCCGAAGAUCAAAACAGAAAGAUGAAGGUGGAAAGUACACCGUCUCGGAAAUUCUCAUCCUUGCAGUGAGGUUAUCUAUUUCGGCAUGCUUUUCCGCGCUCGCAAUGCUGUGUGGUGCAAAGGCCGUGAUGUUGUACAACAAUCUCUACGUCCUUGUUAUGCUGCCGAUAUUGACAUAUGUCUGCGACAGCGUUGUUGUGCGCUUCUUGCAUCUCUUCAGGAUCUCGCCUCAAGCCAAUGUCACUGCUGAGUGGAAGCCACUAUGGAAGACUUUCCCCAUUUCACUAGGUGUGUGGCUGGCCGUACAUGAGGACUAUCGACUGGAAAUCAGAGGCAUCUAUUUUGCGCUCGCCUCGUUUCUUUUCUCGUCCCUCGCAAUGGCAGUUCAUAAAAUUGGACCUAGAAUCGAGAAAGGCCCUGUGUCAUGGAGCUCGCCCUUAUACAUUUUCUUAGGUGUUGGCAUUCCCAUCUUAUUUAUCACGCUCCGUGCGGCAAUUAUGUAUGAGGACUUGGUAACAGCAACUAACAUUGCCAACUCAUGGUCUGGCUGGUCAUGCUUCGUGAACUUCGCCCCUGGCGCUAUUCUCCAGAUCAUAUUUAAUAGCGGGAUGAAUUCUGCCUAUCCGUAUAUAUCUCAGUAUUAUGCUGGCGGAGCUUUGGAUGACCCAGCCAUCCAGUCCCAAGAUGCAGUCGGGAGCACGCUUCAUACCGGGUUAUUGGUCAUGAUAUUUGGCGUCCUCAGCAAAGAGUACAACCUCAUCGACUGGAUCCAAGUUCUCGCCUUGACUCUUGUUUAUGUUGUUAGUGUUGGGCCAGAACACAUUGGCUACUAUCCACCCAGAUUUAUACAUUUCCUGGAACGAAUGACCCGUCGGAAGCCACAACCAAUCCGCUCUGAACCCUGGCAAUUCCCAAUUGUCCUCGCUAGCACGACUAUAGUAUUCGCCAUCCUCAUGAGCAGCAAUGUCAUGUUUUGGGUUGAUACUGUAGCGUACAAUCGCAGCCUCAAACACUGGGUCAGCCCUCCUCUCAACGUCGACACCGUGUAUCGACCACCACGACUUCGAUCGUUCGACAUCAUCAUCGCCCACUCCGACGGUGACCCCAUCGAGUCGAUUCGCAACGUCAUCUCACAGUACACAUCCGUUCCCCAAAUCGCCGGAUUCCGACCAAGCAUUAUCCUAUACACUAAACAACCCAACCUCGACCUCAACCUCAACCUCGCAGAUCCGAGAUCCAUCCGCGGCUCCUUCGAGGGCGACAUACGCGUUAAGACUCUCAACAAUACUGGGGGAGUAACGGCCACAUACCUCAAUCACAUUGUCAACUCCUGGGAGUCUUUCAGCCAGCAAAUGCUCUUCAUCAGCACAACCACCUCCCCCUCUUCCACCCCCUUAGACUAUUCCAUCCAGCGCCUCCAGGACUACUUCAUCCCCGCCGGCUUCCCACUUCCCGACGCCCUACGCAAAACUGGCUUCCUCCAUCUAGGGAGUCAAGAAACCUGCUCCUGCGAAACAUGUAAGGAUUCUCUAGGAUGGGAAGAUUCAUUUCAUCUCAUCUCAUCGAUGUGGAGUGCUGCCCGCCCGGGCAAUUCCUACAAAUGCGACCAAGUCGUCGUCACUCUAGGGAACGACUUCCUAGCAAGUGCCGCUAGAAUACGGGGAGUUCCACUAGAUGUCUGGCAAGUGCUGUAUGACGGUUUAACGAGGGACACCAUAGAAUAUUCCUGGGCGCACGAGGAGGCCAAGUUCCCUCAAUUUUUAGCAGCGCAGAAGCGAGAAGGGAGAUGGGAUCCGAAUGGCGGCGUUUACGGAAAGCCUGAUAGCUUGGAGAGACCUUGGUUGGGGUUUACUAUCGAGAGGCUUUGGGCUGUCUUGCUGCAGUGUAGUACGCCGGAGGUUGCUUGGCGAUGUCCGCCUCCUGGACGGAGUUGGAGGUUGGGUUGGGAGAAGGAGGAUUGUAUGUGUAUCGAUGAGGCGGCUAUUUGA